CCCACCACCUUUUCCAACUUCAAAAACAAACCAUCGCUCCUCUAAAACCACACAAAACUGGAUUUUAUUUCCCCUUCAAUCUUGCUGACAUAUUUUCUUCAUACAAAGUCCAUUUCAUUAUUCAGAGAGAAUGUAUUCGGCUUUGCCGAUACACAGUUUAGCCAUCGAGGCUGGAGGCGGUGAUUAUCCGGGACCUUUGGACGGCACCAACUUGCCCGGCGAUGCAUGUCUCGUCCUCUCCACCGAUCCCCGGCCGCGCCUCAGGUGGACUGCCGACCUCCACGAGAGAUUCGUCGACGCCGUCGCGCAGCUCGGCGGCGCUGACAAAGCAACACCAAAAUCAAUUAUGAGAACGAUGGGAGUAAAAGGCUUGACUUUGUACCAUUUGAAGUCUCAUCUUCAGAAAUACCGGAUGGGAAAACAAGCGAACAAGGAGUUAACUGAAGUCUCAAAAGAUGAGAGUCAGGAUACUGGUUCGUCUACAUCAACUUCAUCGAAAAUGAUGGCCCAAGACAUAAACGAUGGUUACCGGGUAACUGAGGCUCUGCGUGUGCAAAUGGAAGUUCAACAAAGAUUGCACGAGCAGUUAGAGGUUCAACGGCGCCUGCAGAUCCGGAUAGAAGCACAGAGCAAGUACCUACAGUCGAUACUCGACAAAGCUUGUAAAGCACUUGAUGACCAGGCAGUGGCCUCGGCUGGGCUGGAGACUGCUCGGAAGGAACUCUCCGAUCUAGCGAUCAAGGUUGCAGACGACUGUAAUGGUGUGUUGUCCGUGCCUCCCGUGUCCCAUAACGGCUCGGAGAUGGAUAGGCACAGCAUCCCCCUCCUGCCUGCCCGACUCGGUGAUUGCUCCAUGGACAGCUGUGUGAUGUCAUCAAAUGGAAGCCCGAUUUCUCCCUCGACUCUUGAGUCGCAGGCGGCUGAUGCGCUCAAGAAAAGACCGCGCCCUCUGUUCAGCGUCGGGGAGUCGAUGCCUCUCGACAGCGGCAUGAGGCCGGUGGAGUGGAUGAUGUCAAAUUUUGGAUGAGGCAUUCAAAUUUAUUAACAAUGGAGAAGGGUUGGGUUGGCUGGUUUGCCUUAUUCUUCCUAUGCUUUUGGAAUACAUCAGUUGUUUAUACAUCUCUUCAAAAUUGAUGAUAGGAAGCUGUUUUCAUGUGAAAUUUGAUCCUUCUGUGUAAUCAUUGGGACAAUGGCAAUGGCUCGUAUAUUAUAGUGAAAGUGCAGAAUUCUUUGGGUA